CGAAAAUCCUGUCUCCCUGCGAUCGCAAUAUUCACCUUCGCCACGAUAAUCUUCUGCGGUUCUCUUCACCAUUAUAGAGCUGCGAUUUCAGAGUUCAAUACUAAGAGAUUUAACGUUCUUGUUUUUACCUAGAAAAUUGUCCUCGCAGAUUUGUCAAUGGUAUCUGUCGAAACAAAAGAUAUGGAACGGAAGCGGAAUAGGAAACGGCCUCGUCUCGCGUGGGAUGUACCUCCUCCACCACUGCCAGAGGCGCAAAGGGCUCUGGUGGUGGCUGGUGAAGAAGGAAUCGAAAAAAGGCAUGCCUCGCCUCCAAAAAGGGAUGACGAUCGCGAAGGACAUUAUGUCUUCAAUCUUGGCGAAAAUCUCACACCUAGAUAUAAAAUCCUCAGCAAGAUGGGUGAAGGCACAUUUGGUCGAGUUUUGGAAUGUUGGGACCGCCAAACCAGAGAAUACGUGGCUAUCAAAGUAAUUAGAAGCAUACGGAAAUAUCGUGAUGCAGCGAUGCUUGAGGUUGAUGUGCUUCAAAAUCUAGCACAGAAUGAUAGAGGAAGCUCAGGCUGUGUGCAGAUCCGAAAUUGGUUUGAUUACCGAAAUCACAUAUGCAUUGUCUUUGAGAAGCUUGGACCAAGCUUAUUUGAUUUUCUAAAGAGAAAUAAAUACUGCCCAUUCCCUGUGGAUCUUGUUCGGGAAUUUGGACGACAGCUUUUGGAAUCUGUAGCAUAUAUGCAUGAACUACGCUUAAUCCACACUGAUCUGAAGCCAGAAAAUAUACUUCUUGUUUCUUCUGAAUAUGUAAAGCUCCCUAGCUGUAAGAGGGUUUCCUCAGAUGAAACGCAAUUCAGGUGCUUGCCCAAGUCUAGUGCUAUUAAGCUGAUUGAUUUUGGUAGUACUGCAUUUGAUAAUCACAACCAUAGCUCCAUUGUUUCUACAAGGCAUUACAGAGCCCCUGAGAUUAUCCUAGGUCUAGGGUGGUCAUACCCAUGCGAUUUGUGGAGUGUUGGAUGUAUUCUCGUCGAACUAUGCUCGGGUGGAGCAUUGUUUCAGACUCAUGAAAAUUUGGAGCACCUAGCAAUGAUGGAGAGAGUUCUUGGACCUCUUCCCGAGCACAUGGUUCGAAGGUCCAACCGAGGAGCAGAAAAAUAUUUCAGGAAUGGAUCGCGACUAAAUUGGCCCGAGGGAGCUGUUUCAAGGGAGAGCAUUCAUGCAGUGAAGAAGCUUGCUCAACUUAAGGAUAUUGUAUCACGUCAUGUGGAUUCGUCUAGGUCCUCUUUUACUGAUUUGUUACAUGGCUUAUUGACGUAUGAUACGACUAAACGUCUAACGGCUCGUCAAGCCCUUGAUCAUCCCUUCUUUAGAAAUCCAACUUAAGAAGCCAAAUGCUUUUUGUUUUAGAAUGAUGACUCCCAACUUAAAAAUUGUCAGCUGCAGAGGGUCCAUCUUAGUUUAAAUGUAUCUAUUAUUUAUUCAUUUUUGUGCUUCAGUCGCGUUAAAAUUAGGGUGUGUUUGGUACAAGAGAAAUUUUUUAGUAUCCAGGAAUCACGAUUACUGAGAAUACAUUAGAAAUUGAGUUUACUUGGAAUGUUACGAAAAAUGUGUUUGGUUCGUUAAAAUAUUACUGGGAAUAUUGGGUAAAGAUUACUGAUCUCAUGUUUG